AUGGCGCAUAUUAUGGAAAUUCCAACGUUUGCUUGGUAUCUCAUCAAAUGCUUACUCAUCAUUUCUCCUUCACCUUUUACUCUAAUGCAGGACCUCUCAGUUCAGGCGGUCAAUCCAACGUCCUCGGCGUCGAAUUCAGCUGAUCAACCCGCUGAGUCAUCUGCAACUAGCACAAAUGAAAAGAAAUUUACAUUGUUUGUCUCAAAUCUUGAUUUCAAAACAACUCCUGAACAAGUCCAGGAGGUUUUGGAAGGUGCAGUUGAAGUACGGUUAGUCUAUCGUGGUAUGAGCAAACUUACGAAGGGAUAUGGCUUUGUUGAUAUGGAUUCCGAGGAGAAUUAUCGCAGAGCACUUGCGAAUGAUCGAAUGCCUCUUAAUGGAAGGCCGAUGCUGGUUUGUGAUGCGUUAUCUUCAUCGUCGAUCUCUGUUAGCGAUCCCGAAAAGCGCGUUGGCUUCAAGUACGCUACUGGUCUUGAAAAAACGAAACUGUUCGUGAGAAAUGUUCAUUAUGAUUGCACAGAGGAGCAAUUGAAGGUUUUUAUAUGA